AUGACUUCCGCACCACACUUAACCGUGCUUUCCAGCCAAGAUCCCACCCACGUGGCCGCCACCUGCGAGCAGCAUGAUCUCUCUAUAGAUGAGUUCCGGGACCUGCAGCGCCAGAGCACCACCGCCGCCCAGAGCGCCUACUGCCCGUACAGCCACUUUCCCGUCGGAGCUGCCGUCCUGACGCGCUACGGCAUCGACACGUCGGGCACCGGCGCGCAGACUAGCAGUGGCCGCAUCAUCCUGGGCGCCAACGUGGAGAAUGCAGCAUAUCCCGUGGGCACCUGUGCCGAGCGUGUUGCUCUGGGCCGUGCUGUCUUCGAGGGCCACCGCGAUUUCAAAGCCAUCGCUGUGCUGGCUCCGACGGCGCCCGCUGAGACGCCGUGCUCGCCAUGCGGAAUGUGCCGUCAGUUCAUCCGUGAGUUCUGCGAGCUAAAGAUGCCCAUCAUUAUGUUCUCCAAGAACGGACAUUACAUUGCUGUCAAGCUGGAAGGGCUACUGCCUUUGUCGUUUGGCCCAGAAGCCCUCGCCCCAGCAGCAGUGUCUUAA